AUGUGCAAUGAAAAGUCUAUGACAUUUAAAGAUUUUGUUGAGGGUGCGAAAAACAAUCAGGAAUGGAUGUAUUUUGACUAUAAAUAUUUGCAACAGUGGUUCAAUAGCGAUCAUGAUAUAUGUAAGGAAGUAUCUUGGAAAAAGUUUGGAUAUGCAAGUAAAAGUUCAUUAGACAGUACAUUAUGGAUAGGAAGUAGAGGAGCUCACACACCUGCUCAUCAGGAUACUUAUGGGUUUAAUAUUAUUGCACAACUGCAUGGAAAAAAGCGUUGGAUAUUGUUUCCCCCUGAAACUGGUAACUUGAAACCUACAAGAGUACCUUAUGAAGAAUCAAGUGUUUACAGUGAACUCAAUUUUUUCUGCCCCAAUAAUUUAGAUCCUUUUAAUGCAUUGACUGGUGGUAAAGUAGUGGAACUUUCAGCUGGGGAUGCACUGGUAGUUCCUAGAGGAUGGUGGCAUUAUGUUCAAAAUCUUGAUGAUGUGAAUAUUUCUCUUAAUAUUUGGCUACCUCAUGAAAAAGACACCUCGGCUCAGGUCUCGGAGGCUUUAAUAAAAAUUUUAGUUGCCCAAGUAUGCAAAGAUUUACCACAGGAAACUGCAAAGCUUCUAGUGAAUCCAAAUGAGGAUGAUAUAUCAGAAACGCCACUGGCGGUUCUGUUUUUGCAACUGGAAACAGUUGCAAAGACAUAUUUGGAAAACAAAAGAAAGGUGCGCCGUUUGAAAAGACAAAAAACCGAAGGAGACACCGAUGCGGCUGCCUCCGCGUACGAUGACUUUGAUUUGAAAGCAUUACUAGAAAACAAGGAAAACAAUUUAGAACUACCUGUUAAUAUCGGUUCUAACGAGUUAAUAAAUUUAAUAAAGGCAAAUUUAAAAGAAUUUGCCCACGAUGGGAGAACAACAGAGGAGGAUGAAGUAGAAGGCACAAUUGACAAACUUUGUUUGACAAAGUCUGUUAUAAACGCGUUCUGUCAGAGCAACGUUAUAGAUGUUGUUAAACAGAACUUAUUUGAACGUUUUAAC